AUACUGGGAUUUAAUAUUUCCCGUCAUGCUACAUUCCGUGACGUCACCAGAAAGCAGAAAAUGGCGGCCGCAGCAGCUAGAAGGGGCCACCCAGCCGCCAACCGUGUGUGCUGUCCUGAACACCCUGACGCUCACCUGAUAGAAGACUACAGGGCAGGGGACCAGAUCUGCUCCGAGUGUGGGCUGGUGGUAGGAGACAGGGUUGUAGAUGUCGGUACAGAAUGGAGAACUUUCAGCAAUGAGAAGUCAGACAAGGACAGGUCUCGAGUUGGAGCUGCAGAGAACCCCCUGCUGAGUGGAGGUGACCUGUCCACGAUGAUCAGUCGACCCUCGGGGUCAGCGGGAUUUAACGAGGACGGCAGCGCCAAGUACCACAACAGAAGAUCUAUGUCCAGUUCUGACCGAGCCCUGGUGAAUGCCUUCCGAGAGAUCACCGGCAUGGCAGACCGCAUCAACCUGCCCAGAAACAUCGUGGACCGGACACAGAUGUUGUUCAAACAGGUGAAUGACCAGAAGAGCCUGAAAGGUCGCAGUAAUGAUGCCAUCUCAGCAGCCUGCCUGUACAUCGCAUGUAGACAGGAGGGCGUGCCAAGAACAUUCAAAGAAAUCUGUGCAAUCUCACGAGUGUCCAAGAAGGAGAUCGGACGAGUCUUUAAGUUAAUCCUGAAGGCGCUGGAGACAAGUGUGGAGCUCAUCACAACUGGAGACUUCAUGUCACGGUUCUGUUCUAACUUAAACCUCCCGAGUCAGGUCCAGCGAGCAGCCACCCACAUAGCCAGGAAAGCUGUGGAGCUGGACUUAGUUCCAGGACGAAGCCCCAUCUCAGUAGCAGCAGCAGCCAUCUACAUGGCAUCUCAAGCCUCAGAGGAGAAGAGAACUCAGAAAGAAAUUGGUGACAUUGCCGGAGUGGCUGAUGUUACAAUCCGCCAGUCGUAUCGCCUGAUCUACCCUCGUGCCCACGAGCUCUUCCCCUCAGACUUCACGUUCCACACUCCCAUCGACCAACUGCCACAGCUGUGAAACAGCCACCCAGUCUCAGACAGAUUUGUAAGGGGUAUUAUAGAUGUAUCCAUUUCUUUUAUAAACAGAGAAUUUUGGAAAAAUUUUUUGACAGAAUAAUUCUGUUGUGCACCAACAGUCAUCCAGACUUAGGGACAGACGAGAUCCUUUUUUUUUUGUACCACACUUGUUAUUCAGUAUCAGUCAGUGUAUCAUUAGACUCUUGGCAGUUUCUAGUUAUAUUAUAUUAUCAACAUGUAGGUACAUCCUUUCAGUAACUAUAUCAGAAAUGCUACUCCUAUUUAUAACAUAAAUUUUCAGCUUAAUUGUCAUGGAAUAAAGUCUGUUCUCUUGUAUGAAGAGCCAUACUUUUUACUCUGAAAAAGAAGUUAGGGUAUAGAAGCACUAGAAGUGCUGAACUGAAAAAAAAAGGAAUCCCUGUGUCUAUGUUUGGUUACUGUUCUGUUCUGUUUCAGAAAUUGUCAGUUAAACUAUCUUUACAUCACACUAGUAGCAAUAGGAAUACCUUGUCUUGUCACUCUUCCUUUCUGUCCAUAUCAAGUUUCAACCAUGACUCCAAAGAUUAUGAUAAAAAGUUACUUCACUUGAAGUUGCAAACCUGCUAUACUUGACGUAUAAAUGUAGAUGAAAGUCAAGUUCAUUCCAGUGGUUGUUAUAGCAUAUCUGUAAUGUUACAUUUUCAAACAUAUUUUCUUAGCAUCAAGUCAAGAUAUGGAACUUUUUCCAGGCUAUGAUUAUUUGCUUGGAUGGAUAUACCACCAGAGCAAAGACACCAAACAGUUGUGUUAGGUCAUCUUUAAUGUCUUGAGAGUAGAGUUUGAGACAUUUUUGUAGAUGCCUUUGUGAUUAACACUGUAACUGUGUAAGCCAGACUACCACCUCAUCUAACUUCCUAUCUACAUGUAGCUACCAUUUAUAGUAAGAUAAUAUUAUGUAUCUCGUAACAUACAAUGCAAGUAGAAAAUGUAGUUGUCAUCAGGUAUAUAUUAUUACAUAGAUCAUUCUUUGAUUUGCUUAAAUUCAGAAGGAGAAAAGGCAAUAUUACCUUGAUAUCUUCUUUAAUAAAAAAACUAGACAGACAGAAACCAAAGCUAAAGGUUAUCUACAUGAAGCUACAUUUGUACUUGUUUUUCCUUAGAAGUACACAAAUAAAUGCUUGAAAUACAUGACCACAAUAUUG